ACCAAAGUUACAUCGCCCCCCUCAGAGGGCCAACAUGAACCCCUUUUGUUGUGUGUUGCCAUGGAGCGGGCAUUGUGAUGCCUCCAUUCAUCCGGAGUGAGGGUACAAAAGAGGCUCCCACAAAGGGGCAAUUUGCCUUCACCCCUUGCAAUUGCUUUACCACCAUCCAGCGUGCAGUGGAUUUGUUUAGCUCGCGCCAGAUGAUAUUGGGAUACUAAUUUGAUUGAUUUUUUCGUCCCGGUUUACGUCGUAAUAUCUGUGCGGUCAUCAUUUUGGCCAUCGUGCUGGACAUCUAACACGACUGUCUCAACACAGUUGACCUUCUGCAUUGGGAGCAUUGGACGAAAUUCCCCACAAGUGAAAUAUUGAACCAUCUGUAUCUUUUUAUGAUUCAAGAACGAGAAAUAGCUGUCUGUUUAUCGACCAGUUACUGUUCUUCUAAAUUGUCUACGAUUUAUAAUGAUGACCAGAGGAAUUGACUGUAAACUUUGCGAGGGGCACAGUAUCUCAGAUUGAUGCCGUUGGAGUAACAAGCUCCAUUCGGUUUAUAAACCCGCGUGUCUACGCUUGAAUAUUGGGACAUAAUGACAGGCUGCUGCCGACUAUGAGCCUAUGUUCUGCUGGAUUUUGUUCCCAACAUUCUCUUCAAGCCCAUCCGGAAAAGUAACUCCAUUAAUCAACUGAUAAUUGGCCGACAGAACAUGGAUACAUGCAGCACACAGUUUAUCAAAUCCAUGGAGAUGAACUUUGGUGUUACAAUCCCGUUGUGUUGUGUAUGAAUAAUAACGCGGUUCUCAAGUAACGCUCGAGUGGUAAGUGCCGUGUAAAGUGGACUCUAUAACGAGCGUUCGAUGGCCACUUACCAUGAUGAAGAUGAUUCAACUUUAACCUGAGUUAAACUUUUUUGAAAAUGGCUUACAUGGACUCGGAAUUUUUGUACGACCACGAUGUAAAAACGUGUUUAUGACUUCUCUACAUCCAAGUGACACAUGAGGUUGAAUAACGGCAGUCGUAAUUUAGAUAAUGGAUGCGAUUAAAAUGUUAUGGCGGUCAUACUCGAAACCGGAUUUCAGUGUGACGAAGGACACUGCUGGUCUAAUUUAGGCAGCGUGAUAUCGUUAAACUAUCUCGUGAAAUAACGGAUGGGGACGGAAUUUCAUCUUUCGAGCGAACAUGGGUUCCCGUAGCGAGAAGAAACAACCAGGAGCGCUGGUCGGUGAGAAAUCACAGACCGUCUUCUCGGCUAACUGGAAACUGGACGCCAUGUUGCUGAAGAACCUCCAAAUGCUGGAUGUCUCCAAGCACAGAGUCGGCCACCGGAUCUCCAUGGACCAGAGGGUGGUCAACAAGCGAUUCCAGACCAAGCUCUACCGGUCCAAGAUCACCCACGCCCGCAUGACCAAUAACAGGGACCUGCUGAGAGAGCUGAUUCACCGAGACAACUACACAUUCAAUACCAGCGUGGGAGGUCAGGACGAUCAGUACACGGUCACGAUCAGCCCCACGCAGAAAAGCCCCGUCGACCAAGAGGAGAGCACGGCACACGAAACUCUGAAGUACGGGAAAGGGAAGGGAGUGAGGCCUGCUGCAACUUCUAUCGUAGUUGUUGAACCGAAUGCUGAUGGGACACACGGUACUGCGGCAGUUCGCGAGGCAGACACUACCUCUGUGCCAGGGAAUAAGAGACCGUCAAGUUCGGCAUCUCUCGCACGCAAGACUGUUACCAGGAGAUCGUCGCCAGUGGCUGAUAUGCCUCACAAGCAGGACUCACAGCUUACGUUGCAAGAAAGUACAGGACCAAAAUCAGAGCAAACACAAUCGGACGACCAGAUUGCAGACUCACAACGUGGUAAUAAAACUCGGCAGAGAGUGAUCCUGGAUGACAGGAGAAAGCUGAGGCCCAACACGGCAUAUCCCAGUUCGUCCAAAGCAACGCGUGUCGCCCAAACCAUCAGGCCCAAGACGGCUCUGGCGAGACAAGACAGCCGUUUACGUGCGGCUUCGUCACAAGACGUUCAAACUUCUUCCUCGUCAUCGUCUCUAACGCCUGCUGCCGCUAAGAGACCCACCACGGCAACUCAGCGACCCACCUCUGCAACCCCGAGACGGCGAACCCCCUCGAGCAGGCAACAGAAACACACCAUGCCGAGCAUCUUCGGCGAGGACAAGCGACCGACUCUGCUGGACAUCAACCAAGAUCGUCUGGCCAGAGCCAACUUUCCCGACCGGGUCAAACACUUUUCGACCUCUCUCCAGGGUCUACAGACAGACCCGGACCAGACCGUGGAUUAUUACACCCAUCGGUUGCUGGAGAACUUGCGGGGAGGGAGGGGCCCCCGGCAGUUCAUCGAGAGUGACGCGGAGAAGAGAGACGCUCAGCGAAGCAUCGGGAACCUAAACGCUGUCAAUAUGACAUUUGGUAACAUCAAGAAGAUCGAGUCGGGGGACAAUCGUGUCAGGCGAAGUGACGAUUCGCCGGUUAAGGCGCGAUUGAGAGCCUGGGGAUCUGACGACGAUGACUCUGACAACUUGGACGACGAUGACAAUUCGUGAAGCUGGGAUUUAGUUGACUAACCAAAGCAUUAUGCACUAUCGAAACAUGUUGAUUGGCUCAUAAAUUGGAAAUGGAUAUUUUUGAUAAAUGUUCUAUAAUUAUGUUGUUCCUUUGCGAUUUUAAACAAUUAUUACCGUUGUAUGCGAAUCCGUAUACCAGUUCAACACGGUGUGGCGUUAUGGAAGUACUCAUUCAAAAAUAGAGUUAUUCCCUCAACUUUUUGGAAAGUGCAAUUUUAAGAGAAAAACCGACUAAGCAUCAUUCUAAGCUAACUUAUCCCGAUCUCAACUCGUAUCGAAUAUCUGUCCCCACUUGACCAAUUCAUCAUCUAUUUUUGUUCACUCGUUGUGUAAGUUCCAAUGAAUGAUUACGAAAUGACAAAAGACAUUGUUGUUGUUGUUUUUUCAUGAUGGAAAUUUCCGAUGAAUAAUAAGCAAAAAAAUAGCCAUUUUAUUUUGUUUCUUACAAACACUCAGCACAAAAUGGAACAAAUGCUAGAGAGAGGAAAUCCAACUUAAUCCUCGGCUGAACCACAAGAGACUUCCCUUUGCUCUAAGAUAAACCGACUCUAAAUCCCUCCAUAAGUCUUGAAGUUGAUCCCCUUUCAAGGCGAACCGCACACGAUUUAAAAUCUUGGAUUAAUGUAAUCCGCGGAUUAGACUUAUUUGGGAGAAAUAGUAGGAUCUAGUUACAUGUCGUUGAUGCGCUCUGUUAUUUUGAAGAGCGCACGCAUAAAUUGAGAAUUCACCAGUGUGAAUUAUGUAUAUAUACAUUUUGUAUUUGCUGUUUAUGGAGCUGUUUUCCUUGCAAGAUGAGACAAUCAGCAUGUGUAAUUCUUCGUAUAACUUUGAAGCAUUCAAAAUGCAUUUUCUAAUGCUUGGCUGAAAGCUGAUUAAACAUCAGCUGUUUAGUCUAUACACAGCAUUAACAUUUUGACUCACUGAGAAUUGAAUGUUAUGACAUUCCAAAGCAGAA